UCUCCUCUACCGCACCUCUCCUCCAUCUAUCGGCUUGCACUGGGCUAUUUCUCCUGUAUGGUGGAUAUCCGGCUCAAUACUUCUUUCUUGGAUGAUAUGGGGGAUCAUUCAAAAAAGAAGUCGGGAAUCGCAAUGUGUGUGGGCUGUGGAAGUCAGAUACACGACCAGUACAUCCUGAGAGUCUCCCCGGACCUGGAAUGGCAUGCAGCCUGUCUCAAGUGUGCAGAGUGCAGCCAGUACCUGGACGAGACCUGCACUUGCUUCGUCCGAGACGGAAAGACUUACUGUAAAAGAGAUUAUGCAAGGUUAUUUGGCAUCAAAUGUGCAAAGUGUAACAUGGGCUUCUGCAGCAGCGACCUGGUGAUGAGAGCUCGGGACAAUGUGUAUCACAUGGAGUGUUUUCGGUGCUCGGUUUGCAGCCGUCACCUCCUGCCGGGGGACGAGUUCUCUCUGCGGGACGACGAGCUGCUGUGUCGGGCGGAUCACGGCUUGCUCGCGGACCGGGCCCCUGCAGACAGCCCACUCAGCCCGGGGAACAUCCAUACCAGACAGCUGCACAUCUCCGAACCUGUUUCUGUCCGACAUCCUCCUCAUCACCGGAACCACGUCCACAAGCAGUCCGAGAAAACCACUCGGAUCCGGACGGUGCUGAACGAGAAGCAGCUCCACACCCUGCGGACCUGCUACAACGCCAACCCGCGACCGGACGCGCUGAUGAAGGAGCAGCUGGUGGAGAUGACCAGCCUGAGCCCCAGGGUGAUCCGCGUCUGGUUUCAGAACAAGCGCUGCAAAGACAAGAAGAGGAUCAUCUUCUUGAAGCAGAUGCAAUCACAGCAGCACAGCGAAAAAACCAAUCUGCAGGGCCUGACAGGCACACCUCUGGUGGCAGGUAGUCCUAUCCGGCACGACAACACCGUGCAAGGGAAUCCUGUGGAGGUGCAAACCUACCAGCCACCGUGGAAAACCCUCAGCGACUUCGCCCUGCAGAGCGACCUGGACCAGCCCGCUUUCCAACAGCUGGUGUCUUUCUCUGAGUCGGGCUCCCUGGGCAACUCCUCGGGCAGUGAUGUGACCUCACUCUCGUCUCAGUUACCGGACACACCGAACAGCAUGGUGCCGAGUCCAGUCGACACGUGAAGAGUCCUCGAGGUCAGCUGGAGCCCCCGAGCGCGCGCCCGCGCCCUCUGCAGGGGACGCGCAGAGACCUCAGUGACAUUCAAUCAAAGAAAAACGAAUUAAAGGACCAGGAUGGAUUAUGCUCGAGGAUACAUUCAGGUUGCCGACUGGAGGAUGGGAGGUCUGACUAUUCUUUUUAAAUUUAGGCAUUUUAGCUCACUGUCUUGCUCAAGGAUACUUCGGCAGGACUCACAGCUGUUUAUGGACAUUAUGGGCUUAUGGGAACUUCUACCAUGAUGCCAAUGCCUGAACUGGCCAUAACGUGGUGAAUGUGUAACGGGAUUCAAACACACUGUCCUGUAAUGGACGUCUGAAGGUUACAAUAUGUUUAUCAGGAACCAAACUGUGUAGAUGUGCAUGUUUUGUUUCAAUAUCGACUCUUGUAAAUUAAGGAAACAGAUGAGAUGCGCAUUGUUCGCGUUUUCUCCAGAAAAUAAGUUAUUAAUAUUUAUUAUGACGACAGACAUAGCCGA